GGGGAAGGAGAGAAGUGAGACCCCCCCCCCCACCACCACCACCACCAGCCCAGAGAGACAUCACUAGAGCAUCACCGCAGCACUGAAAUGGAAAUACUAAAAGACAUGGAGCCAGAGAAAAAGGAGAUCAAGAAUGACACACUGGCAGAGACAAACGUGAUAAUAUCGGAGACAAUGCUACAUUUUGAGAGCCUGUGUGUUGCGCUUGGGCGGCAUUUGAGAUAGCAGUUGUCCACCAGAAUUAUUUCAGACUCUUCGAGAUUGUUCCUGCAUGGUGCUACUAGGAAUGCAGAAUUGGCAAAAGCCAUCAUGGAGAGGCACUUCCGGCCUUCCCUCAUCACCACAGAGGCUUGGGAGGGCUACAGUUUUGCUGGCCUGGAAAUCCGCAUCAAAGAGUCUACAGAUCUCUAUGGAGCCAUGCUCUGGCCUUCAGCCAUAGUGUUAUGUCAUUUUCUGGAUUCUCACCGUGAAACGUACAACCUGAUGGACAAGAAUAUCAUUGAAUUAGGGGCUGGGACAGGUCUCGUCACCAUUGUAACCAGUCUCUUAGGAGCGCAGGUGACAUCCACUGACAUGCCAGAGAUCUUGGGGAACCUUCAGUACAAUGUCAACCGCAAUACUCGAGGACGCUGUCGCCACCCACCGCACGUGACGGAGCUGACGUGGGGCAAGGACUUGGAAAAGCACUUCCCCCGUGCGUCCUGUCAUUUUGACUACAUCAUGGCUGCUGACGUGGUCUACGCACACCCAUUCCUUAACGAACUGAUGGAGACGUUUGACCACCUGUGUCAGGACGACACGGUGAUCUUGUGGGCCAUGCGCUUCCGGCUGGACCUUGAGAAUAGCUUUGUUGGCCGUUUCCAGAAGCUCUUUGACAUCGAGGAGCUCUACGAUCUGCCCAGCCUCCAGAUCAAGCUCUACCGUGCCACCAGAAGAAUCCCUUGGUCACCACGAGUCAGACACAACCUAGUGUAAUGCCAACUGGUGAUUUUCCUGUUUGUAUCUGUGUAAUGUGAUGUAUAUGUGCUGUAUAUGUGCUGUUGUGAUAUACAGUAUGUGCUGUAUACUGUAUGUGCUGUUAACAUCUAUGUGGGUGGGGUAUGUGGUGACAGGGUGGUGGGUGAAGAACCGUAACUGUGUGUACCUGACACCUGUGUGUCUGUGAGGCUUGUAUGGUAUGUGAAAACAAAUGUCCUAUGUAAGGACAAAUAAACUAACUAACUAGCUAACUAGUGCACAGUAGUCACAAAGAUUCAGUAGCCAGGACAUGAAUUUUGUCCUAGUGAAUAUGCGUACGGUGAAAUUUGUCCCAGUGAAUGUGCGUACUGUAUGUGUCCCUGAAACUUUACUUCUGUGAAUUUCCGUCUUUGUGUGCGUGGUGUACAUAUUUACUAUAUUUCUGACUAAUUUUGUGGUGUACAUAUUUCUGUGACUAUUGUUGAGAUAGACAGCUACAAUUAUAUUAACAAAGGUUUAAUUUAUGAAUUUCUUUUCAGCUGGGUAUUUUUAGAAAAGUCAAAACAGUUGGUCAAAAGUUCCAGUAUUUUAUAUCAAUUGAAAUGUACACAAUUCAUGUACUUUGAAGUGAUUUUUUCCUACUUCAAGGGCACAUAAAAUGUGGUAUUUAAAAGCUCACCCUUGAUGUUGAUUGAAUGACAAUAACAUACAUCAGCAUGUAUUAUACAUGCUGUAUCAGUCCAGAAUUAUUGUCUUACAAUAAACUUUUGGUGCUUUCAACAUGA